CUGCAGUGGUGAAGUUAUUAGCAAUGCGGCCGCCACCAAGAUCAGGUCGGGAGCUCCCUAGAUAUCUGGGCACGCCCUCUAGCCUACCAACACGGAAUGGGGAGGCAGCACCGGAGGCGAUCAGCUUGCAUAGUGGCAUGGUGGAAGAAGGAGGCUCAGAGAGGCGCCAGUCCUUCCUGCUAGCCACUCAGUCGGCGAUCACCAGAGUCAGACCACGACUUGAUGACUUUAGUUUCGGGAGUUGGACGCAAGUCAUGGAGCUUGCCAACGACUGCAUACCUCAGCGGCCUGCACAGUUGUGGGUGUCAGAAAGGCUCUUACAUGAUUCUGAGCAGUUGGCCAUCGCCAGUGCUCUCUUCAUGGGAAUUGCAUUUGCUGGGCUAAUGGUUCCAUCUGUCGAUUGGCUGGAGCGUUCGGAGCAAUACGCUAUGAUUGUCGCUCCCAUAUACGUCACUUUUAUGAGCCUUUCGGGUCUGUCCGCCCUCUGCAGCGUCACGGCCUCAUAUGCUCGUAGUCUGGCAUUUAAUAAGGUACCUUACCCUAUGCUACCCCGUUUCGUGGCCGAGCUCAAGUCCGGUGGCUAUUGGAUGUUCUUUCGCGAACCAGCCUUCUGGUUCCUCACCAGUGCUACUAGUCUCGUUUGCGGUCUGGCAUGUGGCGCGGCCCUUCUAUAUGGUCUGAAGCAUGCCCUUGUGGCUCUGGUGCUUUUUUUGUUAGUACUAUUUUGCCAGGCGUACAUUUGGAUCUGGUGGCCAAGGAUGUUGAGGUCCCAUCAGGAGGAGAUGCUCGCGGAGGUUCGAGAACGCGAAUUCGCCCGCUCCCAGAGGAGGUUCAAAACGAGCCGCAGUUCAGCUAGUACGGAUAUGGGCGCAAGGACGUUCAACAGUUAUCGUGACGAGGGUCUUAGCGGCGAAUUCGGUUCCGUGAUGGGGAUGGUUUGA